UUCCACAACUAUUGUUAGCAUACAUCAAGCCGACAGAGUAAAGAGAAACAGCAGCUGGCUUUUCAUGCACCAGGGAGGGCAUGACCAGACUACGCUGACAAAGAAGGAGAAAAUGAUUAAAUUAAAAAAGAAAAAAAAGGCAGUCCUUCACCGACGCUCUGCUCUUUCACUUUUGUGUAUCAUUCCCAACUUCCUCGUUGCAGGUGAUGAAUCUCGACAGAGGGUGAAGUUUUCUGAUGAACGAGUGUGCAAGUCUCACCUGCUGAACUGCUGCCCUCAUGACAUCCUGUCAGGGACGCGUAUGGACCUUGGUGAAUGCACGAAGAUCCAUGACCUGGCUCUGAGGGCAGAUUAUGAGAUCGCCUCUAAAGAGAAAGACCUUUUCUUCGAGCUGGAUGCGGUGGAUCAUCUGGAGUCCUUCAUUUCUGACUGCGAUCGCAGAACUGAGCUGGCUAAGAAACGGCUGGCCGAAACGCAGGAGGAGAUCAGCGCUGAGGUGUCUGCUAAGGCUGAGGCAGUGCACGAACUAAAUGAGGAAAUCGGAAAGCUGCUGGCGAAGGCGGAGCAGCUGGGUGCUGAUGCAAGCGUCGAAGAGGCCCAGAAAGUUCUUCAGGAAGUGGAGAAAGUGCGCACCAAGAAGAAGAUUGCCGAGGAGGAGUACAGGAACUCGAUGCCCGCCUCCAGUUUCCAGCAGCAGAAGCUUCGCGUAUGCGAGGUCUGCUCCGCCUACCUGGGUCUUCAUGACAACGACCGGCGCCUCGCCGACCAUUUUGGCGGGAAGCUGCAUUUGGGCUUCAUCCAGAUCAGAGAGAAGCUGGAGCAGCUCAAGAAAACGGUUCAGGAUAAGCAGGAGAAGCGUAACCAGGAGCGACUGAAGAGGAGAGAAGAGCGAGAGCGUGAGGAGAGGAUGAAGAAGAGGACCAAAUCGCGCAGCCGGGAGCGCAAGAGGUCUCGUUCCCGGGAUCACGACCGGGAGCGUGAACGUGAGCGCGAGCGUGAACGUGAUAGAGAGAGGAGGCGAAGGAGAUCACGCUCUUCCUCCAGAGAGAAGCGUAGAUCUCGAUCCAGAGACAAGGAACGGCGCAGGAGACCGCGAUCUCACUCCAGGUCCCGCUCACACUCUCGCAGAGAACACUCACACAGGUCAUCACGGGACCAGGUUAAUGGAAGAGCAGAUCCUCGCCGUUCCAGAGACAGAGAGUCUGGAGAGCUUUGAGCACCCUUAUACAGAAUACCCUCGGGAACUACUGUGUAUCCCCUAGCUAAGUGUACAACCCCCCCACAUUACUGCCCGCAGCUUUUAUGUUUAUUUUUACUUGUAUUGUAUUUCUUUUUCCUUUUUGAGUAAAUAAAAGAGCUAGUGUUG